AUGAAGCUGAGAGCAUGUGUCUUGUGGCCCCAACUCACAUGGCUCUGGUGUUCAGUGCUUCUGGGCUCUGUCUUUGGCCACGUCCCCAGCAACAGAAGAGCGCACACACACAGCCAGGGGCCACUGCUGUCUGACACUGUGGGCCCCUGGGACAAACCAGAUGCCCCACACCAGGACCAGGAGUACCUGCUGGGAAUAAAGCGCAUCCGAAGGCUCUACUGUAACGUGGGCAUCGGCUUCCAUCUGCAGGUGUUUCCAAACGGACAGGUCUCAGGCACACAUGACGAGAGCCCAUACACUCUUUUGGAGAUCUCCCCAGUGUCUAGAGGGGUGGUGACUCUGUGUGGGUUGAGAAGUGGCCUUUUCAUCGCCAUGACAGCCAGAGGGAAGCUCUAUGGCUCCGACCACUACCAGGAUGAAUGUCAAUUCAAAGAAAAGCUUCUAGUCAACAACUACAACACGUAUGAGUCGGCCGCACACCCGGGAAUGUACAUCGGCAUCAGCACAGGCAAGAGCAAGAGGGGAAACCGCGUGUCACCUACCAUGAGCAUGACACACUUUCUGCCACGAAUAUGAGACCAACUGUAUCAAAGUCAUGGGUGAUAUUUGAACAGACAUUUUAAUGAGUGCUUUAAAUCAAUGCAAGCAAAUCUUCAUCUCUUUUUCAUAGUAAUAAAAAGACUAAUA